GCCGAGGUGAGCGGUGAGAGGCGAGGGCGAGAGCGCGUCUCGCAUUUUUCCCUCCUGAGCGUCCUCCCACAUAUCCCUAGCCAUGUCGGCCCAUGACCAGAUGCGAGCCAUGCUGGAUCAGCUGAUGGGGACGUCGAGGAAUGGGUUUACCGGCGGCUGAGAAGAUAAGCUCCCUCCUUUCGCCUUGGGGGUGCUGGUUGUGACGACACCACUUACCGCCUCAAGUUCACUGACCCCAAGGUGUGCAAGAGCUUCCUUCUCACCUGCUGUCCUCAUGAAAUUCUCUCCUCUACUCGGAUGGAUUUGGGUGAGUGUCCCAAAGUGCAUGACCUGGCCCUGCGUGCUGACUACGAGCAAGCCACCAAGACCAAGGAUUACUACUAUGAUAUUGAUGCCAUGGAGCACCUACAAUCCUUCAUCACAGACUGUGACAGGCGCACAGAAUCUGCAAAGAAGAGACUUGCUGAGACACAAGAGGAGCUGAGUGCAGAAGUAGCUGCUAAGGCCAACAAAGUGCAUGACCUUGCUGAACAGAUUGGCAAGAAACUGGCAAGAGCAGAGUCCCUUGGUGCUGAUGGUAUGGUGGAGGAAAGUAUGAAACUUAUGGAGGAAGUAGAAGACCUACGAAAGCGGAAGGCAUCAGCUGAGCAAGAGUACCGCAACUCCAUGCCAGCAUCCAGUUACCAGCAGCAGAAACUCCGAGUGUGUGAGGUGUGCUCCGCCUACCUAGGUAUUCAUGACAAUGAUCGCCGCCUGGCAGAUCACUUUGGGGGGAAACUCCACCUGGGAUUUAUCAAGAUAAGGGAGAAGCUUGAUGAACUGAAGAAAACUGUGGAGAGCCGCCGGGAGAAGCGACGAGAAGAGCGUGAGUUGGAGAGAAAUGCACGAUUUGGUGAGAUAGCCGACUACGAUGUCACAAGGGACCACGAGCGAGAACGCUACCGCGAUGCUGAACGGGAGCGACGAGACCGGUACCGGGACGGGGACCGGGAGAGGCGUCGCCGCAGGUCCAGAUCAAGGUCGCGAUCCCGAGAGAGGCGCCGACGCAGGUCCAGAUCCCGCGACCGCUACUACAGGUCACACUCCAGAUCCAGGUCACGUGACCGUAGGUAAACUUGCAGCUGUAGUGGAUGACCAACACCCCAACAAGGAUUCAAGAGUGAGUUGAUUACACUGAGGACUUCUGUAGGAUAUAUGGUUUAAGUUUAUGCAAUUAAUUUUAGUUCCAGCAGUGUAUAACUUUAUCUGUACCAUGUGUGACAGGAAACGCUGCAUCUGUAAAAAGUUGAUCUGAUGGUUGCUUAUGUUUGCAUGGAAGUGUUCCAAAAUAAAAAGCUCUCCUUGAAUGUA